AUGCAUACAGCAGCAUCACUGGUCGACGUUCUUUGCGAUGGCACCACACCAGUUUUCUCAGUCCGGCAGCAGUGGUCCCAUCCACCGAUGUCCGCAGUUUCGUCGGUGAUGACUCUAUCGGCCUCGGUCCUCAGUUCCUCUGCUUCGCUUCAGAAUUCGGCUGCACCAUCAUUGGAAAAUUCUGCACCAUCACUGGAAAGUGAUGCGCCACUUUUUAUAUUGAUAAUAUUCUGA